AUGGAAAAUGAAAAAUCGGUUUCGGGAACCGAUUCGGCUAGGCCAUGGCAAUCGUAUCACACUGCUUACACUAACGCCAAAGCAGGUAUGGAGAAGGUGGACAAGGAUAAGGUACAGAGAAUAGUGUAUGAGAUGAGCAAAGGGUCUAAAUAUUUCGAAAAUGAGGAAAAGAAAGAGGCAUAUAUGAAGCAGAAAAUCGAGAAUAUGCGCGUGCAGUGUGCGAAGCUGGCUGCUGCAGAUUUAAAUCAUUAUCAGAAGAUUGCUGAUAAAAGGAUUGUGGAGCUAGAAGCUACACGUGAUCUAUCAAGGGUCUGGCUGCAUGUGGAUAUGGAUGCUUUUUAUGCAGCCGUUGAAACACUGUGCAAUCCUUCACUAAAAGGAAAGCCAAUGGCUGUUGGUGGCAUGUCUAUGAUCUCCACAGCUAAUUAUGAGGCUAGAAAAUUUGGGGUCCGCGCUGCGAUGCCUGGAUUCAUAGCACUUAAAUUAUGUCCUGAAUUGAUUUUUGUCCCAACAGACUUUAAGAAGUACACUCAUUAUAGCGAUUUAACAAGGAAAGUGUUCAAGAAAUAUGAUCCCAACUUUUUAGCUGCGAGUUUGGAUGAAGCAUACCUAGAUAUAACAAGUAUCUGCAAUGAAAGGAGCAUGACUAGUGGAGAUGUGGCUGAAGAGCUCAGAGAAAGUAUUCACACGGAGACUGGGCUCACAUGUAGUGCUGGGGUGGCACCAAACCGCUUGCUUGCUAAGGUUUGUUCAGAUAUCAAUAAACCGAAUGGCCAAUUUGUUUUACCAAAUGAUCGGAUGGCUGUCAUGACAUUUAUAUCUUCACUUCCUAUAAGGAAGGUUGGUGGCAUUGGUAAUGUCACUGAACAUGUUCUAAAGGAUGUCUUUGAAAUUACAACAUGUGAGGGGAUGUUGCAAAAGAGUAGCUUCCUCUGUGCACUGUUUUCCCCUACCUCAGCAGAUUUCUUCUUGUCUGUAGGUCUGGGACUUGGGAGGACAGACACACCUCAAGCAACAUUGAGAAAAAGUAUAAGUAAUGAGAGAACGUUUUCAGCCACCAAAGAUGAGGCAUUACUUUACAAGAAAUUAGUGGAUCUUGCAGAAAUGCUUUCCAAUGACAUGAAGAAAGAAGGUCUUUGUGGAAGAACAUUGACCCUAAAAUUGAAGACUUCAUCAUUUGAGGUUCGGACUCGGGCUGUGACUUUGCCAACUUACACGUGCUCAAGUGAGGAUAUACUAAAACAUGCUUCAAAGCUGCUUAAAGCUGAACUUCCUGCAUCUCUGAGAUUGAUGGGAUUGCGAAUUGACUCCAUGCUGUGUCUCAAAAAGGAAGAAACUAAAAGGAAUCUUGAUCUGUGGAUUGAUGAUUUGGAAAACAAUGUUGACGACCACAAUACAGUAGCAAAUGCAAUAAAUCCAUGUCCUAUUGAGGAAAGUAGCCAAGAUGGAUGGAUCGACUCUGGAGAUGAGAGGUUGCAAGAGGAGGAAUCAAGUGGUGUUAACCAAAAUCCCAAGCUGGAACAGAGGCUUAAUCGGAAGAACCAUACUAUGAGUCAAACUCGGCAGAGGAAGAAGCACAAGACUUCUUCUUCUUCUUCACAGGAUAAACAUAUUCCAAUUGACAUGACAAAUUGUCCACCGUCUCCGGCGGCUCCUGAAAUUCGGAUCGUGUUCUCCGGUGGGAGGAGCCGCCCUCGAUUGACUGCAGGAGGUGGUAACUGUGGGUGGAGCUGUCGGAGAUGCAGCGGUAUGCGUGUUGCGGCCUCUGUUUCUUGA